AUGGAUCGAGUGCAGGCAUUCGGUAAGAACUUCAGCGCCAGCAUCACGCCUUUUGCGCAGCGCACCCAGCAGUUGAUAUUGGAGCAACUGGGCCAGGCUGAGGACAAGACCCAACUUCCCGAUGAAUACGUCGAGCUCGAGAAGCGCGUCGAUGCGCUCAAGCUUGUCCACCAGAAGUUGCUGCAAGUGACCUCCCAAUACUCCAACGAGGCCUACGACUACCCACCCAAUAUCCGCGAGUCAUUCAAUGACCUGGGCCGCACUAUCAACGAGAAGGUCUCUCUCCUAUCGCAGGCCGGUUCGCCCGCCGAGGCCCAAGCCGCCCUGACUGCACCCCCGAGCGCGAAGCCCCAGCCCAAGACUUUCAAUCAUGCUAUCGCACGCGCCUCGCUCGCCGGUUCGCAAACCCUCAUGCAGAGCUCCGAUGUCGAGGACCCCCUCGCUACUGCUCUUCAGAAGUACGCCCUUGCCGAGGAGCGGGUUGGUGAGGCUCGUUUGGCCCAAGAUGCCCAGAUCCAGUCCCGUUUCUUGGCUGGCUGGAACACUACACUCAACACCAACUUGAUGUUCGCUGCCAAGGCGCGCAAGAACGUUGAGAACUCCCGCUUAAUGCUUGACUCUAUCAAGGCUAGUAAGAAGGCUGCGGCCAAGGGUGACCUCGACAACCUGAGCGAGGACGCCCGUGCAGAGAUUGAGCAGGCCGAAGAUGAGUUCGUCGGUCAGACCGAGGAGGCUGUGAGCGUGAUGAAGAACGUACUUGAUACCCCUGAGCCCCUGCGCAAUCUGGCCGACCUGAUCGCUGCCCAGCUGGAGUUCCACAAGAAGGCUUAUGAGAUUCUUAGUGAGCUUGCUCCAACUGUGGAUGCUCUGCAGGUUGAGCAGGAGGCCAGCUACCGCAAGAGCCGCGAAGGUGCUUGA